UCCAAAAAGGUCCGCAUAAUUGACAUAUAAGGGGCUUCAGUGAGUAGCAAAGUUGCCGAGAUAAGAGUUGGUGUUCAUCUCCGAUAAUGUCUGGUAGAGGCAAAGGUGGUAAAGGUUUGGGAAAGGGAGGCGCCAAGCGCCACCGUAAAGUGUUGCGUGACAACAUCCAGGGCAUCACGAAACCUGCCAUCCGUCGUUUGGCCCGACGCGGCGGCGUGAAACGCAUCUCGGGCCUCAUUUAUGAGGAGACUCGAGGUGUGCUUAAGGUGUUUCUGGAGAAUGUGAUCCGGGAUGCUGUAACCUACACGGAGCACGCCAAGCGUAAGACAGUCACCGCCAUGGAUGUGGUCUACGCGCUCAAGCGCCAGGGUCGCACUUUGUACGGCUUUGGUGGCUGAGCCUCACUCCGGCUUUAUUUAACAGCUUACCCAUAAAAGGCCCUUUUCA